AUGGAUGAUUUAAUUUCGAGCUUCAGUAAUACAACGAAACAAUUUAGCGCGACACUGGCUCUUGAAAACUUUGCUAUUGAUAAUCAAACUCAAAUCAUAUUACCAGGUGUCUAUGCUAUCUUAACAUAUCAACUAUAUCAUCUUAACAACAACUACAAGAGUGAUACGAUUAAUUUGAUGAUUAAGAAUACAACUGACACGGUAACACCAUUAAUUCAGGUUCCUAUUGCGACCAACGUUAAUUAUCGGGAAGGUUUCAUAUCAGUUAUCGCAGUUAUUGUCAACAAAACUAAUCUACCGGUGGAUAUAAGUUCUAUUAGACAGGCACCUAUUGUUUUCUUGGUUAUUAAUGCUACAAGUGAUCAGAUAUUUAUACAUCCAAUCAGAGUCACUUUUACAGAUACGGAUAAUGUGCGAAAUAAACAGUGCGCUUAUUGGAUUCAGAGUAUUCAUCAACCUGAGGAUGGAUAUUGGUCUAAUAAGGGGAUAAAAACUAGUUAUAGUUCCGACAGAAGUGUUUUAUGCCAAUUUAAUAAAACUCAAGAAAUUUCUUAUGCAAUCACUUUGAUACAGCAGAAACCUAUUGCAACUGAGGAAAGUAUAUGUCAAAAAUUUGGUAUCUUUACGUCUGGUCUUGGUCUAACAGCCGUUCUCUGGUUAUUGGUUGAUUGCAUAGCUAGAUAUGUCGAUACCAAAGGACGUAAAUUUGGACGAAAUAUAAUGUUUAUUUUUUUAUCCCUCGGAUACGUAUUUCCAGCGUUACUCACGGCUGCAAUUGCUAGUAUAUUUGAAAGGAAUCAAUUUGGCGGUUAUUACUUGUGCUUGCUUUCAAAAAAUAGCUUCCUUAUCGGACCUUAUAUUGCCGCCUUCGUUAUUGUAUUUAUGAUUGGUAUGGCCUUGAAUAUCUUAAAUGUUAAAGCAACAUCACACCGGGAAUCUCAAGAAGGAGUCGAAAAUGAAAGCAAAAAUAGCUGUCAAUCUAUCCACAAGUAG